AGACGGUGACAUCCGGAUACCUGUUCGGAUACUGUGUUUUGGAAUAAACUUCAGUUCGGGAGGCAGGGAGAAACAUGGACACCGCCACGGAGGCCGCUCCGGUCGGGACCCUUCCGUUGUCGCCUUCACUCCUUGGAUCAGACGCCAUCAGCCUGGAUUUCCUCGGAAGCUCCCGGAAACGGAAAGCUUCGGAUGACCCGCAGUUAUUGCCGCCGCAGCCCCUCCUUUCCGCCGAGAACUCGGCGAAUGGCACAAGUACCAACAACAACGGCACGCUCACGGCACGCGCAGAACCCGGCAGUUUUCGAAUCAAGAUACAGCGAUCUACUCCUCGGCAAGGUGGCAGCCGACUUCCAAACCCCAUGACUGCGUCGUCAAACCUUGCUGGAGGGCUGCAGUUCCCCAUGCAGUUCAAUCCGAUGCCCACCUUUAUGCCACAACAAUUUCCUUCCGGGAUGGCCACAAUACCCGCUACUACUUACAUGCCGAAUCACGUCAUGAACCAGAUGAACUUCCAGACGCACAUGUUGCAGCAACAACAACAGAAUGCUGCUGCCUUCCUCUCCACAUCAUUGGGCCCUCCACCGCCCGGUCCACAAUCCCUUCUUCCCCAAAACUCCCUUCUCGGCAACGAAGGCCAAGAUUUGGGACCACCUCCUUCCGCUCCGCCACGCAUGGCUGUCGAACACUCCCUCAUGGGCGGUGGCAUUGAAGUGCAGCCUGUUCGAGCUGUGGACACUCGCAACUUUGACUGGAAUCGACGGGCAGGAAGUGGAGCUGCAACAACCAUCGCCGAAGAUGGCGAAGGACUGCAGGGGCAGAACUCUGGCCGCCCGCGCUCGGAGAGUUUGCCCAACAUCAGUCUCGGAUUCUUGGACGGCCUGACGCUGCAAAGCGAGUCGUCGUUCUUCAAGGAAGUAUAACUGUAACAACUAAAUGACACCUCAUAUCGUGCAA